AUGGAAAAAUCAUGUCCGAAUGGAAAUGAACUAAGUCAAAUUUGUAGUAUUAAUGAAGCACCAGGACUUCCUAAACAAGACUGUUCUAGCCCUAGCCCCACUGAAACCCUGUGCUUGGACUCUAUAUGCCCUAACAAUGAACCAGGUAUGUCACAAAGUAAUUCAGGGGAACCUCUAGAAAUAUUUAAUUUAAAACAAGAGACUGAAGAUGAUGAGGAUGAGGGAAAGUCGCAAAAGACAAAUUUUCUAAACGAACUGGGUUUGGAGCAAUGUGAGGAUGAUAAUUAUGAAUGGGACCAUAUCGAUAGGGAUUUAUCUGAAAUUAUUCCCAAUGAUAUUGCAGAAGAGGAUGAAAUUAGCAGUUGUGAGGAAAUAACGGAAGUUAUUUUGCCAUGUGCAAGCCAUCAGACGACACCAAAAAGUGCACAGUUAAGAAGAAGUACCUCAGAUACAUCAGACAGGAGAAAACGCAAGUUGGACCUUCACCAUGCCUUCCCCAACAAGAAGCUGCUGCCCGAGGGCAAAUCGGACAGCUGCCCGCUGCCGAGCUGCACGUCGUGCGCGCCCGGCACUCCUCGGCUCCUCUGGUCGGCCGGCUCCACCCCCAAAACGCGAGCGGUCAUACCGACGAAGGACAACCCGCCGCCCGAGAUGUCCGAGUGGCUGACGCAGUUCCAGUUUUGGUCGAACGCCGAGAGGAUUAUGGCCAUCAACGAGUUGAUCGCCAGAUGCGAGCCCACGCAAGUUCGUCAUAUGAUGCAAGUGAUAGAGCCCCAAUUCCAGCGGGACUUUAUAUCGCUUUUGCCGAAAGAACUCGCCCUGAACGUUCUCUCCUUUUUGGAUCCGAGAGAUCUGCUGCGAGCCGCGCAGACAUGUCGCAGUUGGCGAUUUUUGGCCGAUGACAAUCUUUUGUGGAAGGAAAAAUGCAAGCAGGCCGGCAUAGAUGACAUGCCCAGGAAAAGGUGUUCCCCUAGGUCGCCCAGUACCAAUAUCUCACCAUGGAAGGCUGCCUAUAUGAGGCAAAACCUCAUAGAACUGAAUUGGCGCAGCAGACCCAUAAGGCCUCCAAAAAUGCUAAAAGGUCACGACGAUCACGUGAUCACUUGCCUGCAGUUUUGCGGCAACAGGAUCGUGAGCGGAUCGGAUGACAACACGUUGAAAGUUUGGUCUGCCACGACCGGAAAGUGUUUGAGGACUUUGGUUGGUCACACUGGCGGUGUAUGGUCCUCGCAGAUGUCCGGAAGUACCAUCAUAAGCGGAAGUACCGAUAGAACUUUGAAGGUUUGGGAUGCCGAUACCGGCGUGUGUAUACACACCUUGUAUGGGCAUACUUCGACAGUUAGAUGUAUGCAUUUGCAUGGGAAAAAGGUCGUCAGUGGUUCGAGAGACGCGACGCUUCGCGUGUGGGACAUAGAGACCGGAAGUUUCUUGCACGUCCUGGUGGGCCACCUGGCGGCGGUCAGGUGCGUUCAGUACGACGGAAGAUUGGUCGUUUCCGGCGCAUACGACUACAUGGUCAAGGUGUGGAAUCCGGAAACCGAAGAGUGCCUGCACACUCUUCAAGGCCACACUAACAGGGUAUACUCGCUCCAGUUUGAUGGAGUUCAUGUGGUGAGCGGUUCAUUGGACACCAGCAUCAGAGUGUGGGAAGUGGAGACGGGUCAAUGUAAACAUAUGUUGAUAGGUCAUCAGUCUCUCACCUCGGGAAUGGAGCUCAGGAAUAAUAUUCUCGUGUCGGGUAACGCGGAUUCGACCGUCAAAGUGUGGGAUAUCGUCACUGGACAAUGUUUACAAACAUUAUCAGGGCCUUACAAGCACCAAUCGGCCGUGACGUGCCUCCAGUUCAACAGCCGUUUCGUCAUCACGUCGUCCGACGACGGCACCGUGAAGCUGUGGGACGUGCGCACCGGCGACUUCAUUCGCAACCUGGUCGCGUUGGACAGCGGCGGCUCGGGCGGCGUCGUGUGGCGCAUCCGCGCGAGCGACACGAAGCUGGUGUGCGCGGUGGGCAGCCGCAACGGCACCGAGGAGACGAAGCUGCUAGUGCUGGACUUCGACAUCGAAGGGGGCGGCGGCGCCUUGGCCGCUACCGCCAGGUAA